UGAUGAGGUCAGAGCAGGGAGAAAAAAAGUCAAAUGCAAAAAGGCCAGUAGAGCCUAAGCAGGAGGCCAAACGUGAAUGCGGGAUCAUGUUGUUGGCGCAAUGGGUUUGCCGACGAUGUCUCAGAUCGUCGCCGCGGCCUACAUUUCUCCAGCUAAUCCGUAAAGCUAGCACGGCAACCGAAGGAAAUGGAGGCCUCCCCCAAAUCCUCCUCCUCCGCGCCCGGACGCUCGCGGCUGAGCAUGUGCAGCUAAAGGCCGCGCUAGAGUCGGGCUUCGAGGCGACCAAGGCCAAGCGCGCGGGCGAGAUCGCGAGCGUGGCGGCCGCGCUCGGGGCCUGGGAGAAGGCGCGCGCCAGCAUCGGCGAGCUCGAGGCGCUGGUGGCGUCGCCGGCCGAGGACCCCGAGAUGCGCGACCUGGCGCGCGACGAGCUCGAGACGACGCGCGCCGAACUCGACGCCCUGGGCGGCCGCCUGUCGGCCGCCCUGACCCCGAGGCACCCCUUCGCCGACAUGCCGUGCCUGAUCGAGCUGCGGCCCGGCCCGGGCGGGAUGGAGGGCCGCUUCUUCGCGGACCAGCUGUUCCGCAUGUACCAGAACGUGUGCGUGCGCCGGGGCUACCGCAGCCGCGUGGUGUCGUACGAGCUCGCCGAGGGCGCGGGCGACAUGAAGGGCUCCGACGGCGAGAUGCCGCUGCAGGAGGCCAUCCUGGAGGUGCAGCACGGCGGGGCCUACGACGUGUUCCGCGGCGAGUCGGGCAUGCACCGCGUGCAGCGCGUGCCGGCGACGGAGAAGCAGGGGCGCACCCACACGAGCGCCGUCGCCGUCUGGGUGCUGCCGUCGUUCCCCGAGGCGGGCGAGGCGGGCGACGACUCGUCGUCGGCCGACCUGGACGACCCCAACAGCGACCUCUACGUCGACCCGACCGAGGUCCGCACCGAGACGAUGCGGGCGCGCGGCGCGGGCGGGCAGCACGUCAACAAGACCGAGUCGGCCAUCCGGCUGACGCACCUACCGUCGGGCACCGUGGUGAGCAUGCAGGACUCGCGGUCGCAGCAGCGCAACCGCGAGGAGGCGUGGAAGAUCCUGCGGUCGCGCGUGGCGGCCCAGCGGCGCGAGCAGCGUGAGGAGCAGGCGGCCAGCAUGCGCAGCAGCGUGCUCUCCAAGGACCGCAUCACGCGCGGCGACAAGAUCCGCACCUACAACUACAGCCAGGACCGCGUCACGGACCACCGCAGCGGCGUCGAUGCUCACAACCUGCCCGACGCCGUCCAGGGCGGGCCCUCCAUCGACCGCAUCCUCGACAGCGCGCGAGAGUAUAUGAUGGGCAAGGACUUGCGCAUGCUCGUCGCCGACGAGGAGGCUGCCGCCGCCGCGGCUACCGCCGGCCAGAGUGGCGGGAAGGGCAAAAAGUAGCCGGGCCG